UUUAUUUGCAUUUGUGCAAUUAUUAGCCCACACUGGGGAUCCAUGUACUGCAGCACAAGGUCCUUCACAUAGCCUGUACGAUGGCCUGGCCCAAACAUUCCGGGACCAGCAGUUAUUUCAUGGAGAACUGGAGAAGAUCUCGUUAACGGACUAAGCGGAGCCAUGUGUGUUAGAAUUCAUGUUAAUGCCCAGAGGGCGCUCUUCAUGCUUCUCGUUAGCUAACGACCAUGGGCGCAGGCUUAAUUGAUCACUCUAACAUGUUAACAGGGUUUAUAAACCUUGUGCAUGACAGUGGAAUUAGUGGAGAUGGAGUGCCAAAGAUGGAAGAAUAAUGGUGUGAAGAUACACUAUAGAUCCAGAGAUAAUAGGAAAGGAUACAAAGCCGGUGCUCUGGAGCAAGGAAUGAGGCAUGACUCUGUGCAAGGCUGUGAUUACGUUGCGAUGUUUGAUGCUGAUUUCCAGCCUGAGUCUGACUUUUUGAUGAGAACUGUUCCUUUCCUUGUGCAUAACCCAGACAUUGCUCUUGUCCAAGCUCGUUGGAAGUUCGUAUUAUUCCCAAACGAGGAGGAAGAGAGUGAGGACCUAUGCAGAGCAGUGAAUGCUGAUGAGUGCCUGAUGACGAGGAUACAAGAGAUGUCAUUAGAUUACCACUUCAAGAUCGAACAAGAGGCAGGAUCAUCUACAUGUGCUUUUUUUGGAUUUAAUGGGACUGCUGGUAUAUGGCGGAUAUCUGCCAUCACAGAAGCUGGAGGGUGGAAAGAUCGAACAACCGUGGAAGACAUGGACCUGGCUGUUCGAGCUAGUCUUCGAGGUUGGAAAUUUAUAUAUGUUGGCGAUAUCAAAGUCAAAAAUGAGUUACCAAGCACUUUCAAAGCUUAUCGAUAUCAGCAACACCGAUGGUCCUGUGGGCCUGCUAAUCUAUUUAAGAAAAUGGCAAUGGAAAUCAUACGUAAUGAGAAAGUUUCUAUGUGGAAGAAGUUCCAUGUGAUAUACAGCUUCUUCUUUGUUGGAAAGAUUGUAGCUCACACGGUAACCUUUGUCUUCUAUUGCGUCAUAAUCCCAGUUUCUGUUUUGGUUCCUGAAGUGGAUAUUCCUCAAUGGGGGGUGGUUUAUGUUCCAACAAUUAUCACUCUCUUAAAAGCUUUUGGAACUCCGAGCUCUUUUCAUCUACUGAUCCUCUGGGUCCUAUUUGAAAAUGUUAUGUCUUUCCAUCGGAUUAAAGCAGCCAUAACUGGUCUUUUAGAGGCUGCGAGAGUCAAUGAGUGGGUUGUCACUGAAAAGUUAGGAGACGCUCACAAGACAAAACCAGCUCUCAAAAUGGAGGAUUCAAAGAAGCUAAGAGAUGCUCAAGAGACGAAGCCUUUGAUCGACAAACCAAAGAAGCAUCGACCAAGGUUUUGGCAUAGAUUCUAUUUCUCGGAGCUUGGGCUCGGAGUAUUCCUUCUACUCUGCGGGUAUUAUGACCUUGCAAAUGAGGGGCAAGGUUAUUUUGUCUACCUCUUCCUUCAAGGCUUGGCAUUUCUUAUAAUAGGCUUUGGUUACGUUGGCAUCCAUGUUCCUGGUUCUUAACAUCACAGGUUCCUAAUGAGUUGCACAGCCAAAUAGACAUGGAGCAUGUCAAAGGAUCUCAAUUGCACAUAGCUGCUCCACAGCCAUAAUAACCAUUUUUGUACAAUUGUUCUCAUUCAUUUACAUUGUUGUUGCAGAAUUAGAUACAACCAGUCUGUCAAAUAGGAACAAAGCUAGCACUCAGACAAGUACGAUUUUUUUUUUCAGUAGCAUUAAUUCAGUGUCAGGAAAGUGGACCAUUUGUAAGAUUGCAACUUCCAUUAUAAGAGGAAUAUUAAAGAAUAAAUUCUUAACAGAGAAUUUAGUCGUA